UCUCCAAAUCCCCCACAUGAACCAUCGACUUUACCUGAACUUUGGAAAACGAUCAAUUACACACUCCACUCCAUACAAAACCCUAAUCGCACAGAAAAUCCACGCCAUGUCACUAAAACGCAAGGCUGGCGACUCCAUAUCGUCAGAUCAAAAAAAACCCAAGGCAAAUGCUUCGAUCACGUCGUUCUUCGGACAACCCAAACCUGUCGCAACGUCGAAUGGUGCCAAUGCUCCUGCUGCGCCGGCAGUGAAGUUUGACAAGGAGGCUUGGGUCAAGGGAUUGACGGAUGAGCAAAGGGAUUUGUUGAAAUUGGAGAUUGAGACUUUGGAUGUGAGUUGGUUGAAGGAAUUGAAGGACGAGGUUACGAGUAAAGAGUUCUUGCAAUUGAAGAGAUUCUUGAAGAAGGAAUUGGACGCAAAGCAAGUUGUCUAUCCUGCGAUGAAAGAUGUCUAUUCUUGGUUUGUUUGCCCCUCACUUUCUAGCACAAUUGAGUGAGUACUGAUAUUUUGGGUAAUAGGUCAAGACAUACGCCAUUGAAUACAGUCAAGGCCGUCAUAGUAGGACAGGACCCUUACCACGGUCCCAACCAGGCUCAUGGUUUGUGUUUCUCGAUCCGUCCACCUACGCCCGCCCCACCUUCUCUCAAAAAUAUCUACAAGGCCCUACAACGAGAUUACCCCUCCUUCUCGCCACCACCGAAUAACGGCGGUCUUCUUACUACGUGGGCGGAUCGCGGGGUCCUCCUCCUCAAUACUUGUCUCACAGUUCGAGCAGCCGACGCAAAUUCUCAUUCCAACCGAGGAUGGGAACGAUUCACACAAAAAGUCAUCGAUACCGUAGCCGCGAAGAGGACUCGGGGUGUGGUAUUCUUGGCGUGGGGUUCUCCAGCUGGAAAGAGGGUCCAAAAGAUUGAUAGGAAGAGGCAUUUGGUUUUGAACAGUGUGCAUCCUAGUCCGUUGAGUGCGAACCGAGGGGGUUGGUUCGAUUGUGGACAUUUUAAGAAGACGAAUGAGUGGUUGGUGGAGAAGUAUGGGGAGGGUAGUGAGAUUGAUUGGAAUUUGCAUGGAGAUGCGAAGGCUAGAGCUGAAGAGAUUAAGAAGAAGGAUCAAGAGGUGAAAGCACUUGCUGAGGCAAAAGCUAAGAAAGAGGCUGGGGAGAAGGCGAAGAAGGAUAAGGAGGUUGCGGAGACCUUGAAGGCUAUGGAGGCUAUUGAGGAUCUGGAUGAUGACGAUGAUGAUGACGAUAAAGUUUGAGGUACGACUGGCCUUGGUUUUGAAUUGUUGGAUGAUUGUCAUGUGUAUCUGAUAUACGACGGAAAGGAGUUCUUUGGGCGGUUGGAGAAAGGUCUUGAGUUUGAUACUUGGCCGUUGGGUGUAUCAAUUGCAAGACAGGCUCAGCUAUGUAAGAUUACAGUAAAGAUUUCCGUAAACGAAAAUACUUCAAGAAUGACGGCGUAGGAUACCUUCUUUUAU